AUGAUCAAACCCGAAGACAGGUUCUACUCGGAGGGCCAGGGCUAUUUUGGCCCCAGGGAAAGACCUACAACCGAAGCCCACUGCAAUGUAUGGGAUUGGGAUCAGCUGCGAUUGAUCAAAGUCAAAGGAACUGCCAAACUUUUCCUACCUGAUAAAGAUGUUAAGAACUCAAUUCUCGCGCCUUUCGCCGAUUACUUUUUGCCAGAAGUUCGUGCAUAG